AUGAACCGAUCAAGUAUUCAUCUUCUGGAUUUACCUGAUGAAAUAUUACUUAUUAUUUUGAAGAAAUUGAACAAUAUUGAUGUUCUUUAUUCUUUAUUGGAUAUUAAUAAUGGACGACUUAACAUUCUUGCACAAGAAAAUACUUUCACCAACACUGUCAAGUUUGUCUCUAUUGAUGAUAUGUGUUUAAUCGAUCGCUUCUGCAUCGACAUAUUGCCAAGGAUUCAUCAGAAUGUGAAAUGUUUUAUUAUUGAUCCAGUUUUUAUGGAACGUAUUCUUCUUGCUACUUCCUAUCCAAAUCUAAAUAAACUUGAAAUUUUUCAUUUCCAACAACAAAUCGUUUUGAAUUAUUUUACAGAUGAGUCAUCACUUCAAUCUAUUUUCGAACAAAUUACAAAUCUUAUUCUUGUUAACCAUGAUCAGAACGGAAGCAUAGGUUUAUUGAAAAAUUAUACUACAAACGUAUAUGCAUGCAUCUUGGAUUUUUUCAAGAACUUAAAAAAUCUAACUGUCAUUCAACCAUUUCGUAUAUUAUAUCCAGGUUUAUCACUCUCUGAUUUGCCAUCGGGCACUUUUUUUUCUCUAAUUCUUACUUAUUUGAAUAUCAACGUGAAUACUUUUGACGAUUGUCUUUAUUUACUUGAUGGCCGGCUUAAACAAUUGGCAGAAUUGUCUGUUGCUAUCUAUGAUAUAGACAAUUCUUCAGUAAUUGUUCACAAUGUGGAUAAUUUACCUAAUCUGAAAUGUUUCUCAUUGAAAUCGAUAUGUCGAUUUCAGCAAUAUGAUAAAAUCGUAUUACUUCUUCGUCGUAUGUCAUGUCUGGAACAAUUAACUUUAUAUGUUCAUGUAAAAGGUCGAAAUAGAGUGCUUGAUGGUACUUGUGUUCAACGUGAUAUUCUUGAUUAUAUGCCACAACUUCAUUCAUUCACUUUCUAUAUUGGUACUUAUGUCGAUACUAUUGGCUUAUCCUACAAAUUAUCUAAUGAAGAUAUUCGACGAACAUUAACAAAUAUUGGACAACAACAUGCAACUAGUAUCGUUAAUUAUGUUAGUACUGACAAAGCUGCAUGCUCGAUUUUCUCACUUCCUUUUGCUUUUGAUUAUCUCGAACAUCUUGGCAAUGUAUUUCCAAAUAUUGUAUUCAGUUAUGUUACGUAUUUACUUGUAGAAGAUGAUGAUCCAUUCAAACAUGAAUUCUUCAUUCGAAUUGCUCGAUCGUUUCCAUUACUGAAAUAUUUACGUAUUUUCAAUAUAGAAUCAGCAGUAUUAUAUGAUCAUACGACAUUUGAAUUGGGCAAUAGUGGAUCACAUUCAAUUGUUGAAUAUUAUCAUCUUACUUCACUUGAUGUAAGAUAUGGACAUAGAGAUUAUGUUGAACAAUUUUUAAAUGAAACAAAGACAUAUGCACCUUGUCUGACCGAAUUGGGAGUUGUCGAUAUUCACUUGAAAACUGUAACAAAGAACUUUACACGAGAUGAAACACGACACAAUUGUGUGAAGAUCAAGCGAUUAUUUACUUUGGGAUCAUUGGAUCAUUCAAGAGAUUUUUGUCUUUAUUUUCCUUCUCUACAAAUAUAG